AUGGCGAGCCGUUCACAGCAUGGCUGGCGGUCUGGAAACCGCCUGAAGCCUGUAUCGGACUCGCUGGAGGCUGUGGGGUUUGUAUCUAAAGGGGAUCGCAAAUUGCUCGAUCAUCGGGCCCAAAAAGAAUACUACGCUAAGAUUGUAGAGCGGUAUAUGGCCUUUUGUGCUCGCCACGCGAAUGAUUUGGAUGCUGCUUGGGCAUCUCUUCCAACCAGUGCGUCAACGGACGCCACUAAGAACCCCCCGGCUUCUCUUCCCCAGUCCAGCGCAAGCUCUUCGGGCCCAUCGCCGUCCGCAGAGCUAUCCAUACUCCUCCUUUCCCUUCGCAAGCUUCGUGAGGCGGUCUUGGCCACGGCGUCCACCGUCCCGGUGUCUUUCUCCCAGCAAGUUCAUGUGUUCUCGAUCAAACUUUCGAUCCAAGCCAAACAUCCACCUUCAUACUUCCCCUCCCUUCGCUACCUCCUGGAGCAUCUACAUUCACCGUCCCAUCCAAUGCCUGACUCAGAACUGAGGGAUCUCGUUUCAUAUCUGAUCCUUGACUACGCCUGCCGGCAGGACGACUUGCUGGCUGCUUUCGAGCAGCGUGCGCGAGCUCGUAGUCGAUUUGACUUCCAGUCGCAGACCGUUGAUCGUGUUCUCAGUUCCUUGGCGCAUGAUAAUUGGGUGGUGUUCUGGCAGGUCCGGAGGGAGGUGGAUUCCUCUAUACGCGCAGUGAUGGAUUGGGCUGAAGAUCGGAUCAGAAGACAUGCCCUUAAAGCCGUGGGCAAAGCUUACCUGAGCGUUGGUAUGCAGUGGAUCACGGAAGGCUGCACGGGAGACGACAGUUGGACAUGGGAGAAACUGGCGGAGACCGAAAAGCUUGGAUGGCAAAAGGAAGGCGACAUCAUUAUUAUUAGAAAGCCCAAGCAGAAACCCGAGAAGACCCUCGUACCAGUCAAAGAAAAUGCAUAA